GCAAACUUUGACAAACACAUGCCAGCCGAACCGCCGAAAUCCUAAGAAGAGGAACCGCGAGGAAGAAAGUACUCCUCUUUCUAACCCACAAAUCCGCCAUGGGGAAGGUGCACGGAUCUCUGGCUCGCGCAGGUAAGGUGAGAGGGCAAACGCCGAAGGUUUCGAAGCAGGACAAGAAGAAGAAACCAAGGGGGAGGGCUUACAAGCGGAUGCAGUACAAUCGCCGCUUUGUAACUGCCGUCGUUGGCUUUGGAAAGAAGAGGGGGCCUAACUCGUCGGAGAAGUAGAUGUUGGAAUUUGAAAAUUUUGAUAUUUGAUGUUAUUUGCUCCUCUUUUGUUCUGAGAUUUAUUGGACAUUGAAUCUCAUUUGAAGAUAGGAUACAACAAUGUGAAAACCUGAUUGUUAUUGUGGCUUCGCCCUUAUAUAUCUUGAAUCGUUUUUUUAUUU